CGCGUCUUGGGGGCUCAAGGUGGGAAGGGAAAGGGAAAGGGAAGGGUUGAUGUUGUUGGUGAGGUCGUGGAGCAGCAAGCUUCUGCCCUUCAGCAUCACCCGCAGCGGCCGCCCGUUUUCCCUUCGUGCGUUCUGCAUGGCGGCGGAAGGAACAAAGGUGAAGAAGCGCGUGGGCACCCACAAUGGUAGCUUCCACUGCGACGAGGCUCUCGGCUGCUUCAUGAUCCGCCUCACCGAAAAGUUCUGCAACGCUGAGAUCGUUCGAACCAGAGACCCUCAGGUGCUAGAUACGCUUGAUGCUGUGCUUGAUGUUGGUGGUGUUUAUGACCCUACCCGUGAUCGCUAUGACCAUCAUCAGAAGGGUUUUCACGAAAUAUUUGGUCAUGGAUUUACCACUAAACUUAGCAGUGCGGGACUUGUCUACAAGCAUUUUGGGUUGGAGAUAAUUGCUAAAGAGCUCAAUUUGGAUAAGACACAUGCUGAUGUUUGCCACCUUUAUCUUGCUGUAUACAAAAGCUUUAUGGAGGCAAUAGAUGCUAUAGACAAUGGAAUCAAUCAAUAUGACACCGAUCAUCCUCCAAGAUAUGUGAAUAACACUGGCUUAUCUUCUCGAGUAGGCCGUUUGAAUCUUGAUUGGUUGGACCCUGACCAAUCACCUGAGAAGGAGAAUGAAGCUUUUCACCGUGCGAUGGAACUUGCAGGUGGUGAAUUUUUGGAGAAUGUUAGAUUCCAUGCCAGAUCAUGGCUUCCUGCAAGAUCCAUCGUGAUGGAGACAUUAUCAGCAAGAGAAAAGGUUGAUGCCAGUGGAGAAAUAAUACAACUGAAGCAAUUCUGCCCUUGGAAACUUCACUUGUUUGAGCUUGAAGAGGCUCUGAAAAUUGAACCUUCCAUCAAAUAUGUCCUGUAUGAGGAUGACAGGAGCAAACAUUGGAGGGUGCAAGCGGUGGCUGUUUCUCCUGACAAAUUUGAGAGUCGAAAGCCUUUGCCAUCACCUUGGAGAGGUUUAAGGGAUGACGAGCUUUCAAAAGAAGCAGAUAUUCCUGGCUGUGUUUUUGUCCACAUGAGUGGCUUCAUUGGUGGAAAUUUGACUUAUGAAGGGGCCCUCGCUAUGGCAAGGGCUGCUCUUAAAUUCUAAUGGCAAAAGGACGACAGGCUUCAUUCAUGUGAUGCACAAUGGGUGGAAAUUUGACUUGUGAAGGAGCUGUCACUAUGGAAAGGACUUCUGAAGAAUGUGCAAAUUUUCUCUUGCUUGAGCAUUUCUAAAUAUUCUGUAUCAAUUUGCUCGUUUUUACUUGAAUUUGGGCUUAAAUCCAUCUUGAUUCUUAUUCAGGAAAAUAUUGCCAUAGACAAUCUGUAGGUUUAUUGUGGAGAAUCAGAACCUCGGUUGGAGGUAACAUGCUGCAACGUCA